UAGCACAAGAACAGGUUGUGUUGAAUCAAGGUUUGCAAGGUUUAGGGUGAGUGAAAGAGUGAGGAAUUUACACCUCCAUGCUAGACACUAUCACCUGUGGUAUGAGCUCAGCACACAGAGAUGGGUCUCUGACACGGAAGCAGUAAUCAUUCUAAGGAAAAUCUGAGUUAUACCUUCUCAGGUCAUCCCAGUUAGCAGAGGCAAAGCCCCAGAGGCAACUCUGCUUUGGGGGAUCAUGACUUGAGCAGUAGGACAAGAUACAGAUAUGAGGUUAUGAUCAGAGGAGCCCAACAGAGAAGACAGAGUGACAGCAUAAACAGAAGGAUAAGAGAUUAGGAGAAGGUCAAGUAUGUUUGAUGUACACCAGAAGAUGGCACAGUUACUCAAGAAGGACUUGUACUACUGCAAAGCUUGUCAAAGUUCAUUCUCUCGGUACACUAAGCUCCAGCAUCACAUGGCCUCCCACACUGUAGAGGAGAACUUGUUGUAUGGUGAUGUUUUCUCCUGUACAUGGUCCAGCCCAAAGAAGCAGGUGAAGCAGGUGAAGCAAGUGAAGCAAGCUGAACAUCAUUGUCCAGUAUGCCAGAAGAGGUAUUUACAUUCAGGUUACUACAAGAAACACAUGUGGAAUGCACAUGGAGGUCAUGUAAAAUCCAUACCUGGUUCUGUAAGCAAAAGUGAAAAAGUAUCUGAUGGGUACAAAGAUCCUGUGAAGUUUAUGAGAGGGAGAAGAAGAGACAGAACUCCCAUUACAACUGAAUGUAGGAAGAGGAAGUACUAUGAAUGUUCAGUGUGCAGAAAGAUGAUGACACAGUCUUCUACCCUGAAAGCCCACAAGAGGAUACAUACUGGGGAAAGACCUUACCAGUGCCCAAUCUGCUCUAAGACCUUUACCUUUUAUCAAUGUCUUUGGAACCACUCCUGGAGCCACAAAACUCGGGAAUCUUUUCCUUGUGACAAGUGUCCUAGGAAAUUUCGUUAUUAUCAGACUCUUUGGAAUCACUAUAAAGUCCAUACUGAUGAUAAGCUUUUUGCUUGUGAUAUGUGUAAGAUGAGGUUUACCAACUCUAGGCAGCUCAUGUACCACAUGAAGGAGCACCCUGAAUACUUUAAAGUCAAAAUCAAAAGUUUUGGAACUAGAGACCUCAGGACAUCUGAUACAAAUGAAAUGCCCUUCAUAUGUGAGAUAUGUUGCAGGAGUUUCAGACUCAAAGUAUCACUUACAUCACACAUGGAAAAGUGUCACAGUUUCAGCAAUGCCACAAAAUCACAGAUGUCUUUCCAGAGGAAAGAGAAAUACAAAAAUAUUUCUCUUCAAGAAGACAAUACAGGACCUGCUCAGAAACCAAAGAGAGGUCGUGGCAGACCCAGAAAGUAUAUUGGCUUGGAAGAGGUGAAAAGAAAUGUUAAUAGCAAACAUUGCAAAAUACCCAUGAAACAGUAUCAUAUAUGCCCUAACUGUAACAAAAUAUCUACAUAUUGUGUGUGUAAUACUGUUCUCAAAUCAGAGCAAGUCUGCAAGUUGUCUCCUCCCACCUAUGAUUUUAAUGGCAAGAAUCAGAUUCAUCAUCCUCAGUGUGAGAAUGAAACAUCUUUUGAUCUGAAUGCAAGAAUUGAAGAUUUUCCUAGAAAUAGCUUCAGUGACCAGAACAUCUUUCCAAAAUCAUCAUUGCGAAGAUCAGGGAGACUGAGAGGGGAGAGAGUGAUGAUGUUGGAUUGUAAAACAUGUCAGUUGCUCACCUCCACCAGUGAACAUAGGAAACACCUGAAGCAGCAUGCAAUUACCAGUCUUUAUAAAUGCCAACACUGCAGCAAGAAUUACAAGUCUAAAUCAUGGCUAUCAAGGCAUCAAUAUUUGGUACACAGAGAUACACAAAGAGACAGUCUCAAGAAGGAUAGAUUGAUAAAGAAACUUGAUGGAAAAAAUACCUGCACAUGUUCAUUUUGUGGCACAAAAUUUUUAUCAUGCAGUGAUUACAAAGAUCACAUAAUCUUUCAGUCUUGUACAUGUGGCCAACAGUUCCAGUGUGCAUACAUUUUCUGUUUUCAUGCAUCCAAAUGUAAACUGGAUAAUCCUGCAUGGGAAGGAAAGGUUGGCCAGAACCGAGAGUCUGGAGAUCCAACUCUCAUCUUCAGUAGUGAAGAAAGUGUUCAUGAUGAUCUAAUGAAUCAGAGUAGUAACACCUUGGCUACAGAAGAAACCAGGGAAGUUUCUCAGAUGUUUACUGAUGAACUCACCAAGGAUAUUGACACAAAUGAUUGUCUUCUUUCCUCUGUCACCUCUGCUGACCUUUACCAUUCUGAAAGAUGGUGCAUGCAGCAUAUCAGUGAUUCAUAUUCCUCAAAAAACUCACCUGUUAUAGCAACUAUUGAUCAGGCAAAACAAAACAGUUCAUCUGAUACAGGGGAUACAAUGCUUGUUCCACAGCAUCCAUGGUUUGUUCCACAGGAUCCAUUGCUUGUUCUACAGGAUCCAUUGCUUGUUCCAGGAUAUUCAGAAUUUAUUUCAGAAGCUUCAGAGAGAUCAGUGUUGAAUAGCAAAGUAAGGUCUUGUGAAGAACUAGAUAACCUUGCUCGAGUUGAAGAAAAACAGAUUGAUAUUAAAUACAGUUAUCAGUGUAUACUUUGUGGUCAGCGGUUCUCUUGCUUAUCUGAGCUGACCACUCACAGUGUAAACCAUGUAUCAGAUCAGGGAAAUUUAGAGUAAGGUCUUAAAAGGGAUUGAGUUAUGUAGAUGUUAUGAACUAGUUCAACACUUGGUGAGGACCCAUACAUUAUGCCUAAAGCUUUCAGUUGAAUUUCAGGUAACAGUACAUUAAAAGAUAAUGAUGUGUGUUUUGUAGAAAUUCUGGAGACUUAUGAAAUGUACUUUCUAUUUGUAUUUAUUUAUUUUUAUUCUUCUGUUAUGUUUAUGUAUAAGGAGUCAUGGAUAGUUUGAUUAUGAAAAAUGCUGAAAUGGGUUUGCUGGGCUUUGUAAUAUCAAUGGAUGAAUUUUCUGUUCAAAUUCAUUGAAUAAGGUGUAAUAUUCAUGAGACAUCUCCUUUGUAUUUGCCUUAGAUUUGUCAUUCAUAGUGACUAAUUACAAUGGAAACAAUUUUGUGUGGUGUGUGGUGAAAAACACCUCAUGAGAUUUUAAAUUGAUGUGUUCUGUUUCUUAUCAUUGCUUUUGUUAGCUGGAUAAAGCAGUAAACUUGGACAUAACAAAAUUUAUAUAAGAAAUGAGAAAAAUCUUACUAUCAUGUUAAGUUUGAUAAAAAGUACUCUUGGGAAUUGAUUUUAAUAGUGCUACAUAGUUUAGAAAUUUCUCAGUCCAUGUAAUAUUUGAAGGGUUGAUAACAGAUUUACCACUUUGUAGCCAUAAAAUAUGGUUCUUUUUAUUGUGAAAUGAAAUAAUUGUCCAGU